GUUUUGGUGACGUCAGGAGACGAGACCAGCCAGUGGGUGGGCUGCAGCCCUGCUUCAGGACUGUUUCACGCUGCAGAUGGCGUCGCUGUGAAUAUUUGAGCCUCGUUAUGUGGACUCGCUGGGCUCCCAGAAUGAGUUAGAGGGCGCACCUCCGCCAGCAUAGGGAAAGAUGGGUCUUGGCAGCUUCCACGUCCUUCUGCUGCUCCUCCUGCCGGCUCUACAGGCAUCAGCUGAGGACUCAGAAGGACACCUGAUGUGUCUUUGCGAAGGCUCCAAAUGUCCUCAGACCCCAGAGUGUCGAGGCACCCGGUGCUUCUCCUCGAUUAAAGUGAGCGGCGGCGAGGUGUUGCUGGAGCAUGGCUGUUUUAAAGAGCGACUGCAGUGCUUCACGGCGCCGUCCUUCCAUCAAGCCGUCCACUGCUGCUCCAAGCACAUGUGCAACGGAAACACCACAAGGAGCUUCCUGAUGUCGCUUCUUAUAUCAGCCCCUGAAGGGGAACCGGUUCGGUACCGGGUGGAGACGUUGGCUCUCUUUGUGCUCGCCCCAGUGGUGGUUCUGGUCCUGCUGUCUGUGGUGUCGGUUCUGGCCUGCAGGAGGCUCCACCGUGGCCGCCUCCAGAGACUGCAAGAGUUUGACACUGAGCAGGGAGAUGGUCUCAUCACCUCCAAUGUGGGAGACAGCACUUUAGCUGAUCUUUUGGAUCACUCGUGCACUUCAGGCAGUGGUUCAGGUCUUCCCUUCCUCGUCCAGAGAACUGUAGCCAGGCAGAUCAGCCUGGUGGAGUGUGUUGGUAAGGGGCGAUAUGGAGAGGUGUGGCGCGGUCAGUGGCAAGGGGAGAACGUUGCCGUGAAAAUCUUUUCCUCCAGAGACGAAAAGUCUUGGUUCAGGGAGACGGAGAUCUACAACACUGUGAUGCUAAGGCAUGAGAACAUUCUUGGAUUUAUGGCGUCCGACAUGACUUCUCGAAACUCCAGCACUCAGCUGUGGCUCAUCACUCAAUACCAUGAAAACGGCUCGCUGUACGACUACCUGCAGCGAGUUGCGGUGGAGACGUCGGAGGGCUUGGCGAUGGCGGCGUCGAUCGCCAACGGCCUAGUUCACCUGCACACCGAGAUCUUUGGCACGGAGGGAAAACCCGCCAUUGCACACCGAGACCUGAAGAGCAAAAACAUUCUGGUGACUAAGGAACUGCGCUGCUGCAUUGCAGACCUUGGGCUGGCUGUGACACACACUCAGGCUGACAACCUGCUGGAUGUGGGCAACAAUCCCAAGGUUGGCACCAAACGCUAUAUGGCACCUGAAGUGCUGGAUGAAACCAUUCAGACCGACUGCUUCGACGCCUACAAGAGGGUUGACAUAUGGGCCUUCGGACUGGUGCUGUGGGAGAUAGCGCGGCGCACGUACAGCAACGGUAUCGUCGAAGAGUACAGACCUCCCUUUUACGAUCAGGUGCCAAACGACCCCAGCUUUGAGGACAUGAGGAAAGUGGUGUGUGUGGAGCAGCAGAGGCCUUUCAUUCCUAAUCGCUGGUUUUCAGAUCCGACACUCUCUGCUCUGGUUAAGCUGAUGAAGGAGUGUUGGUACCAGAACCCCUCUGCCAGACUCACAGCGCUGCGCAUCAAGAAGACCCUUGACAAGAUCCACAGCUCCCUGGAGAAGGGCAAGGACUCAUGAGACGGAAGCGCCUGUGUGAUGUCAGAGGCUUGACUUCGACAUGAGCUUGGAGUUUGUUGAAACAAGAGGCAAUCUGAAGGAUGGAGAUGGACAGGAAAGCUUCUAUCCUUCUCUUGCUCUUCCUUUCUCUGUUGUUGCCUUCCACCAACAUCCCUCUGUUUGACUUGAAGACAUUUGGAGCCGUCGCAUUUGAACAAACCAGCCGUAGCCGUGCGAGUUACCGCCGCAGACUGUUACAGAGUGUGAAGGGUUGGCAUAUUAUAGUACCCAAUCAUACCGCUUCAAUGCACAGUUUACACGGCUCUGGGUCUGGCCUUUCUACACACAAAACACUACAUGCUGAGUCCAAUAUCUGAUCUCCAGCCAAGCAUUUUCUCUGGCAUGCGUUUGUGGCAUUCUGCUGAGAGACAAUCAGAUUUUACUUCACUCACUCGGCGUGAUUUGAACAAGCCAACGAAUACUCAACAUGUUCACUUACUAAAGGAGAAGAGCCAAUAGAAUCAAAACUUUUUAGUCCGUUUUAAAAAUAAUAUUUAUGUAUUGAACCUCCACUGUUACCACACUACUGAGGAUUUAUGUAAGACUGGUGUAUGAUGAUGAUGAUGUGUGCAAGUGAUUGUGAACAUAUAUAGGCAUUAACGCUAUUGGACUGUAACUAUUGUCACUACCAAGUAGGAAAUAAUUUGAGAAAUGCAGAACGUUUAACUUUUUGAUAUUGAGAAAUGAGAUGAAACAGGAUGUGGGUGAGUAUAAAGAGAGGAGAACACUAUGUUGUUUGUGAAGUUUGAAUUACAUUCUCAAUUGGGAAGAAUAUUAUAUUAAUUUGGGGCUUUUAAUUGUUUGUUUUAAUUGUUCUGUGAUGGAAUGAAUAGACAACAUACUUCACUGAUUAUUAAAGACAAGAAUUAGGUGCAGAAGUUUAAACUUACGCAACAUUUUACCAGGAGCAGGAUUCCAAUGAAUACAUAUAUGCACAGUACUUUGCAGCAUUUUGUAGUUUAUAGUCGGUUUACUGGGCGUUUCAAAUGGUCAGUGAAACCAAACACACACCAAGACUGGUUUUAGAUUGGAUGAAGCAGGCUAACAGUUAGCUCCUUAAUUAUAUAAAACAUUUUUGAAUAAUGCUUAAAAUCCAGGUCCACACGGAAACUCAACCAAUUUAAAUAAACUCAAAUAUUUUUCACAAGAAGGGCAGUCAAAUGUGCAACUCUUAAUUUCUGCUUUAACUUGGCAUACGGAUUUAGAAAACUUGUGAAGGUGUAAUUAUCUAAAAAAACCGUUUUCCACAAACAUUAAGAUGUAUAUGUUGAGUAAAAAAAAAUGCCAUUUAUAAUAUUUGUCAGUGUCACUAUAGGGACUUGUGAAUGAAUGAAUAAAAGAGUUCAUAGCAAACAGACUUCAGAUUAAGUUCAUAAUCUAGUUUCCUGAAAAAAAAAAAUCCAUGUAAGGUUUUAUUUUUUUUAAAUAAAGCUUCUAGCUGAUGCCUGUUGUAUUAGAAGUUAGAUAUUUUAGUUGUAGUUUUUUAAUGCCUUGACCACCUUGCCAUGUUUAAAAGCUUUUUAUGCUGCAUUAAACAUAUUACAGGCACAUUGUGACUGAAUUACCUCCCAAAUCAGUGGCACAGGACAUAUUGAUAGUGUGAUAACAAUUACAUAUCUUGUAUAUGUAUAUCUGUAUGUAUACUUUUGAACCAUGUGUUGAUUGCAGAAAACUAAAGCCAAAUUGGUGCUCCA